AGAGAUAAAUUGAUAGAUAUUCAAACGAUUCCAUUUUCCCAUGUCUCCACCCCCAAAUUACGAAUUUCAGGAAUGGUGGAACAAGGAGAAAGAGCGGAAUGGUGCUCCGCCCGUAGAUAAAUCUGAAAACAAUAAUUGUUCUGCUAUCGACAUCCAUAGCCCCACAACGCCUGUGGAGAAAGACCGUAGCAGAAGUGCUCUCCAGCUCUCGUGGGUCUGUCUCCUCAAAUUCCAACAAGUCAAGAAUUUCCUCUCUUGGGUCACCAAUGGGUUCUUCUCUCUCCUUCGAACCGCCAAUCGCAGAAUUGUUUCUAAUUCUAAUUCAUCUUCCCGUAAUGGGUCUCGGCUUUAUCGGGUUAUUAAGGUCUUCAUGGUUAUCAUCAUUCUAUUGCUCCUCGUUGAGCUUUUGGCUUACUUCAAAGGGUGGCAUUUCAGUCCUCCCUCAGUGGCUUCGGAUAAUGUUCUGGGUUUCGUGGAGAUUGUUUAUGCAACUUGGCUCUAUAUAAGGGCUAAUUAUCUGGCUCCACCAUUGCAGGCCCUGUCCAAUGUUUGUAUUGUUUUGUUCUUGGUCCAGUCCGUGGAUCGGAUCAUUUUGGUAUUUGGGUGUAUCUGGAUUAAGUUUCGCAGGUUGAAGCCCGUUCCAUCGAUGGAAUACUCUGGUGAUACCGAAAAUGAGAAUGUCGAGGAUUACCCGAUGGUGCUCAUACAGAUACCCAUGUGCAACGAGAGGGAGGUUUAUCAGCAAUCAAUUGCGUCAAUCUGCAUCCAAGACUGGCCAAGGAGCAGAAUGCUUGUACAAGUUCUGGAUGACUCUGAUGAUCCAGAUGUUCAACUUCUUAUCAAGGCUGAAGUACUAAAGUGGAAACAAAAGGGUGUAAAAAUUUUGUAUAGAAACCGUCUUAUACGCACGGGCUACAAGGCUGGGAACCUUAAAUCUGCAAUGAGCUGUGACUAUGUAAAUGAUUAUGAGUUUGUUGCACUCUUUGAUGCGGAUUUUCAACCUGGACCUGAUUUCUUGAAGAAAACUAUUCCCUACUUUAAGGGGAAUGAUGAUGUAGCAUUAGUCCAGACAAGAUGGGCCUUCGUAAACAAGGAUGAGAACUUGCUCACAAGGUUGCAGAAUAUAAAUUUAUCCUUCCACUUUGAGGUUGAGCAACAUGUUAAUGGUGUAUUUAUCAAUUUCUUUGGCUUCAAUGGAACUGCUGGUGUAUGGAGGAUCAAAGCUCUCGAAGAAUGUGGUGGUUGGAUGGAUAGAACAACUGUUGAAGACAUGGAUAUUGCUGUCCGUGCUCACCUUUGUGGAUGGAAGUUCAUAUACUUGAAUGAUGUAAAGUGCCUCUGUGAACUCCCGGAGUGCUACGAGGCUUACAAGAAACAGCAGCACCGCUGGCAUUCAGGUCCAAUGCAGCUGUUCCGAUUAUGCUUCUUUGACAUCCUUCGUUCAAAGAUUAGCCGGGCAAAGAAGGCCAAUCUGAUAUUGCUUUUCUUCCUCUUGCGGAAGCUUAUCCUGCCUUUCUAUUCGUUCACCCUCUUCUGCAUUAUUCUUCCACUGACGAUGUUCCUGCCAGAGGCUCAUCUACCAGCUUGGGUCGUGUGUUAUGUGCCUGGAAUCAUGUCCAUUUUGAACAUUCUUCCUGCGCCAAGGUCUUUCCCAUUUAUUGUCCCCUUCCUUCUAUUUGAGAACACAAUGUCUGUCACAAAAUUCCAUGCCAUGAUAUCAGGACUUUUCAAAUUUGGGAGUUCCUAUGAGUGGGUAGUUACAAAGAAGUUGGGAAGGUCAUCAGAGGGAGAUUUAAUUGCCUUAUCUGAAAACGAAACUGAUCCUCUACUAGAAACAAAUGGUCUUGGUGGAUCCUCUUCAGAGUCAGACAUCACUGAGCUGAACAAAUUAGGGGCAGCAAAGAAAUUUGGAAAGCGUAAGAGAAAUCGUUUGUACAGGAAGGAACUUGCCCUUGCAUUUAUUUUGUUGAGUGCUUCUGUGAGAAGCUUGUUAUCUGCACAGGGGAUUCACUUCUACUUCCUAUUGUUUCAAGGUAUCACAUUCCUUGUUGUUGGUCUAGAUCUGAUUGGAGAGCAGGUUAGUUGAUAUUCAUAACUGUUUUCAUAGUGGAAUUUUUUUACUUUUUUUUUAAUAUGGAUGGCUCGUUUAAGUGGUAGUCUGUGGAGAUUGAGGCCUGGGGUGAUAGGUCACAUUGACUACAACCUUCAUAUCCAUCAUUGAAGUUCCAAUAAUCAGAGAUUUUCUGUUCAUAGAUUCUCUAGUUUUUCUCAACACACUAUUGAAGUUCCCUGGGUACAUGAUCCAGCGUUUCCAGCAAUUUUUUUUCCUACCUUAGGCAUUCUACUUAUUGAUUUUCAGAGAAAGGAGUAAUAUGCUAUAUCUUGCCAAAUUACAGCGCUCUGUUUACUGUAAAUGUCAGGGUCUCAACAAUGGAAAAGAGGCUUUGGAAACUCUACUAGUGAACAUAUGCUUUGUGCUCAGCCAGUUCUGUAAUUUGCUGUACAUUAGUUAGUUGUUCAGAUGAGGCAUAAUUAGAUUAUCAAAUUUGUAAUUCUUUUGUUUUUAUUAAAUGAUUCAGUCAUAUUUAUUGUUUUUUUAUGCCAGAAUACAAUUAUAUGUAUUGUUAGUUGUGGGUGGCACCAUUUAGAAAGUUUUUUCUUUCU